AUGGCCACUGAAGCUGGCCUCCCAGACUGGAACAUCAGCACCAUCUCCGCCAACGUCACUGACCGACUGCCAACAGCAACAGGUUCCGUGGAGGAGUUAGUAGUGACCUGCUCCAUUGGCACCAUCCUAUCCCUCAUGUUCAUUAUCGGGGUGACAGGUAACAUCUAUACUCUGAUGGUGAUGUGUCACUCCAUGAGAUCGGCCGCCUCCAUGUACAUCUACAUCAUCAGCCUGGCGUUUGCUGACCUGCUGUACCUCUCCACCAUCCCUUUCAUCGUCUGCACUUACUUUGUGAAAGGCUGGUACUUCGGGGACAUUGGCUGCCGCGUACUCUUCAGCGUUGACUUUCUGACUAUGCAUGCCAGUAUAUUCACACUGACUGUGAUGAGCACAGAGCGCUAUCUGGCCGUGGUCAAACCCCUGGACACGGUCAAGAGAUCCAAAAGUUACAGGAAGGCUAUCGCUGUGGUGAUUUGGCUCGCUUCCUUACUGCUCGCACUGCCCAUGAUCAUUAUCAUCAAGUUAAUGCAGAUCCGAGGCAAAAACAUCUGCGCUCCCACCUGGAGCCUUCACGUCUUUAGAAUUUACAUGACCGUCCUCUUCACCACCAGUAUUUUAGCUCCUGGGAUGAUCAUUGGUUAUUUGUACAUUAGACUAGCCCGGACCUACUGGCUCUCCCAGGUGACUACUUUUAACGAUAAGCAAACCAAACGCUCGCCAAACCAGAAAGUCCUCUAUAUGAUCUUCACUAUUGUCCUGGUCUUCUGGGCUUGUUUUCUUCCCUUCUGGGUAUGGCAAAUGAUCGAGUAUUAUCAAUUCCCCCUCUCCCUAUCCCAGAAGGCAAGGGGUCACAUCAACUACCUGAUGACCUGCCUGACCUACAGCAACAGCUGCAUCAACCCCUUCCUCUACACUCUGCUGACCAAGAACUACAAGGAGUAUCUAGGGAAUCAGCACCGGAGCUUCAGCAACAGCAGCUCCUUCCACGGGAGGAACCACCGCUUCCAGCGCUCCUGUCGCCGCUCGCUGUCCUCCAGCAGCCAGCAGUACACCGAGUCCAUGACUCUCAGCCAAAUCUCCGGCUCUAACAACAGCAGCAUCUAG